CCUAUUUUAUUGCGUGUUCAGUGUAGAUUCUUUUUUUUACGACGACUGCUUCUUCCGACGUCGGCAAGCAGCAACAUGAGCAACGCGAGACACCCUUCAGGGGCCGCUGUCCCCAGCCUUCCACUCACCCAAACAAAUCCACUCUAUCAAGCAGCCUAUACUGCUUUGGAGAGGAAGAAGUUCCUUCCCCUGGUGAAGAAGAAGCAGCAUCUUUCUGCCAUUCAGAAGAUCACUGAAGGGGAUGUUCAAGCACUCUUCCCAGGCAAUCAAGCCAAGGGACUGAGACAAGAGAUGUGCCUCCUCCAUACUGAUAUUGUCUCUGCCGGUCUAGGCAAGAGCAAGCAAGAGAAGGCCUGGAGAUCUCACUACGCUUCUUCCAUCCUUGCUUCAGUCUAUGUGGGAAUGGAGAUGAGGAAGGGGGUGGAGUUGCCUUCCCCAAGCAUCCACCAACGAGCCAGUAGAUCCAGGAGCAGCAAUGAUGCAACGCGCGCUCUUCCCCUCUUCCGGUCCGCUGCUAAGGCUGUCAAGGAAGCUGUAGGCAAGCAAGAGGAUGAGGUAAUUGAAAAGCAGAACAAAGGAUCUUCCAUCAAGCAACAAAGGGAUGGCAAAAGGAAGCAGGACAAGAUCCCCUUUGACCCUUCCAAGGCUGAGGCGUUCGCUUGCCCCAAGUGUGGAGGUAUGGAUUGUUGCAUGCCAAUUGAGACAACCACAAAGUGAACCAAAAGAACCAAGAGGCCUUUGAGAAGUACACCMACAAGAUGGAGGAGUAUGAGAGGACUGGGGAGGGGAAGAAGCCAAAGUAUCAGCACUAGAGGGUCCUCCAGCUUGGAUCCUAUCAGUAUUCUUAGUAGUGACAGUGAAAGCUCGGGCUUCCUCUCCAGCUUCAACAACACAGGCAAGGGGGACGUGAAGCCAGUGGUGGUGAAGUCUGAGUUCAAGCUUCCUGGUCCUUUGCCCAAGCGUCGCAAGAACAAGGGCUCGGCUGUUGCAGCUACUCCAUCCUUUGCAAGGAAGAUCAGGCAGGAAUCUGUCAAGCAGUCUUUUGGUAACAACACCCCUUCUAUAGUUGAUGCGCUGGAUCUACUGUCUCGACAACUCACUGCUGAGGACACUAGCACUGAGGCAAUGGCAUUGAAGAAGAGAGCACAGGACAUGGAGAACAUUUGCCCUAAUGUGGAGGAGGCGACUGGUUCCUUGGUGAAGUUUGCUAAGCGCCAGCUGUUUGCAAAGCAGCAGGAGAAGCAAGCUUGUCCUGCUCCUUCAAACACUGGUGGCUUGAAUUUGCUCUCAGCAGCAGCAAGCACUGCUGCUGGCUUGAAACGCCCAGCAGCAGGCUGGGGCUUGGGCUUGGGCCUGGGUCUCAAGCGUAUUACCAAGCGUCCUGCUGCAAAGAAGGCGCUAGCUGUUCCAAGCAAGAAGGCUAGUCCUGGGGGCUUGCCCAGCAGCCAGAGCUCAGGUGGAUUUGACUGUGGAGACAGUGAUUGAUUGAUCCUUGUCUUUCAUAGAUGCUGAAUACUGAAAGCAUCGAUUCAAAUGCUGAGUGCAUUGAUUGCUAGUGGUGGUUCUUUUCCUCCUGUUUCUCCACCAUUAGGAUGCCCUCUUGCUGUCUCUUUUGUACAAACAGAGCAGCUUGCGCGUGCUGUUGUAAUCCCUGUGAUUGCUGUCUGAUAGAACGCCAAGUACCUCCUUGUUGAGGUAGUACUACUAUUGUAAUAGUAUAGAGACAAAUUAGUAAACUGACUAGAUUCUA